AUGUCUGACAGUGAAGAUCUUGAUGAGUUAGAAUAGAACUAGGAUGUUCAAAAUAUCUCAGUUUUUCGUAAACGUGAGAAAAUACAUGCUAAUGAUGACUAACUAAUUGAUAUGGACCCUCUCAAAAAACUUAAUUAUAUGCUUACUUGUCCCAUAUGUCUUGAUAUCUUUUAGGAGCCCGUCUAUGUAAAGGGGUGCUCUCACCGUUUCUGUAAGGAAUGUAUUGAAAAAGCAAUCCGCUCAAGUAAAAUGAAAUAAUGUCCCACUUGUCGUAGGAUUAUUGGUACUAAGAGAUUGCUUAGAGUAGAUUUUAAUGUCCAAGAGAUUAUAAAUUUGAUAUACGGAGAUAUCUCAAAAUUCCUUGAACUUAAGUAGUCAAAUGACGAGUUAUUAAUAUAAAAGACAUACUCGCAGCUUGCCAAUAGUGAUGGAGCUACCAGAAAAAGGAGAAGGCAGUUUAAUACUUCAACAACUGAAAAAGCGCAAGACAACCAAUAGUAGUCUUCACCAACUUUUUCUAGUAUUAAGGAAGACAAAGGAGUCACAAGUAAUUCAGCUUACAAAAACAGCUCUAAUUAGUAGGAUUAAAUUAGCAAUUUUUCAUCUGCUGUAAAGAGGAGACUACCAUCAAAUAGCAACUAGGGAUCUUCCUAACAAAGCUAAGGGUAGAAGAACAACGAAAAAGGAGCUUAAAGCUAAAAUGAAUAACCCACUACCAGAAAAAGAAAAUUCGAUAACCUUGGAGAGUCUGGCAAUAAAAAGGGAGACGAGUACAUUCCAGGUCAUGUAGUGCAAAAAAAGAAAUACUUUGAGGAAGAAAUAAAAGAAAAGUAAGUUGAGGAGUCGCUAAGAAAACAUCAACAAGAAAGUAGCUUAACCUCUAUAAAUGGAGCUUCUCUGCUUAAUAUUGGAUCGUCUUCAUCGAAAUCUGACCGUGCAUUUAUCAAUAUCUAAAUUAAAGUUGUUCCUUAUGAUAAGCUGUAAAAGCAAUUCGAUUUUAAUAUCCUAAAAAUGGACUGGACACUUUCUUUAGAUGAUAUCACUAAGUUGAUUUGCUAAAAAUUAAAUAUUAAUUAUUAAAAGUACAAGCCAUAUAUCAAAUUCUAUGUUAAAUCUUCAGCCGAAGAAUCCUCAUACCACCCUUUAGAAGAUAAGACCUAAAUAAUUAAGAGUAUUGACAAUUAGUUUUGGAGUACUGAUUCCAAUAAAUAAAAGUACAUUAGACCUUACAAUAAAGAUGAAUAAGCUAAGAACAUUACUACUGAUUAUAUUCAUUAAAAAGCCGCUCAAAAUAGAAUCCUCUUUUAUAUUAUUGAGCACAAAGAUGUCAACUAUACUAACUGA